AUGGCCCGACCGAGCUCCCCUGACGCUACCCACAUUCCAGUCGCUUUCAAUGCGCUCGCUCCUUACGUCAAAUCUCGUCAGGAAACCCUCCAGAUCCGCCAGGCUUUGACGCAUUAUCUGCGCUCAUUUAUCGAGUUCGACGAAACCCAAUCGAACGACCUUACCCAAUCCCACCUUUCCCUCUGCACGCCCACCGAUGCUGUCGCCGAGGUCAAACGUAUCCCGACAGAGGUCACUGGGCUAAGGAAGGAAUAUUUGCAAGCAUUGGCGGCCAAUGUUGCGGCUCGCAAAGAUCUCGUCUCGGCAUCUGAGGAUGUGGCUUCGUUAAGACGCCAGAGGACGACGCGUCCUUCUGCCGAUGCGGAUCUGCAAGAGCCCGGCGCCGAACUUCGUGAAUACCUUGCCCUUCUGCGCGAUCGACGCCGCCAUGCCAAGCUGCAGGUAUUCCAAAAUUACCUCGAGGAGAUCAAGACACGAGAUGCGGGUGGAUUGGAAAACAUUGGCCUGGAAGAAGAACACAUGCCUUUACCCGAAGUCAAUACGAAGGCGGAGCGCAAUGGCACCGAGACAGGUUUGGAUGAUCUGGUGCAUAGCCUCGAGAGGGCAGUUAUUCGCGCGAGAACCCAAUUGGAUCAUCAGAAGGAAUUGUUCGAACAAGCUAAGGCCCGACAUGAGUCCCGUGGGGAGUCUGAGGUCUCGCCAGAUGUCAAAGCCGAAGCACUACAAAGGACAAGGGAUGAACUGGUGCAAUGGGUGGAGGAGCGCCUGGUCGGCCAAGGAGAUCCAGAUGAGAGUCUGCUCCAAGAGCUUCCACCAGAGGAAAUCGAGGAAGCCCAGCAGGAGCUAGAGGAUCGCAAGAAGCAGAUUAUGGGGCAAUAUGCUACAUAUCUACAGGCCAGGCGGGACCUCCUCGACGCUGCUUCCAGAGCUUGCCAACCAGUCACCGUGGCCCCCAAGCCUUCAUCGCGAUCAGCCAAAAAAGAGUUUAUCCCAGCGGAAGUACCACCGCCAAACCCCAUCGACGUUCUGUCGUACACAGACGAAAAUCUAAUCCCAUUAUCGAAAAGCCAAAAGUCGUUGGCUCUCCAAACCUCCUAUCUCUUGGGGCUGCUGUCGAAAGAAAAGUCCACCACUUUGCGCGCCCUCAAUCGUCUGAGCGACGAAUCACAUCUCCUUCCCGAAUACCCCGUCGUCGCCCGUCAGUCGCGCGUCGGGGCACGAAACCACACCUCAGCCCCGGAGACAAAACCUGAUGAAGUUGUCGCUCUUGCCGAAGCAUGGGCAUUUGCUUCCCAGGCUGCAGCCACCAAGGAGAGAGACUUUGUGCAGCAAAAGAUCGCAUUGGGUACUGAAGUUGCGCAGGACGCGCGACAGACCUUGGCCGAUGUAUACGGGACCCUCAAUCAAGAGCUUGAUGAGGUCAUGCCGCAGAGUCAGCAGAAGCGGGAUGCGUGCGUCCGAGCUUCGGGGCCUCGCUCCACUCAAGGAAUGCCGGGUGGGUCUCAGAUUGAGAAGAAGCCGACUGGCCCUUGGUCGAAGUUAAGUGGGAGCGUGGGAGUUGGUGAAUAG